AUGAAUGCCAUUAAAAAACGGCUGCAAACGCUAAAGCUUGAGAAAGAUCUCGCAAUGGACAAAGCUGACCUGUGCGACCAGCAGGCAAAGGAGGCAAAUCGAAGGGAAGAAAAAUUGAGGGAUGAGGUUCGUGAAUUGGCCAAAAAGUUAAUGCAAAUGGAGCAUGAUUUGGAAGUGAGUAAGGCCCAACUUAUAAAGUCAAACAGGAAUCUCGAGAUAAAGGAGAGAGUCUACAUUGUGACGCAAUCGGAACUGGCGGUACUUAAUAGAAAAAUGCAGCAAUGCAUGCAGAAUUUAGAAAAGUCAGAGGAGCGACGUUUGUCGGCUCAAGUAAAGCUCGCGCAAGUCAUAGAAACUGCUGAAGACGCAAAGCGCAUCUGCAAAGUCCUAGAGAACAGGAGCAAACAGGAUGAAGAGAGGAUGGAUCAAUUGAUGGCGCAGCUGAAGGAAGCGAGACUUAUUGCUGAAGACGCCGACACGAAAUCGGAUGAGAUUUCGAGAAAAUUGGCAUUCGUUGAAGACGAGCUGGAAGCGGCGGAAGAAAGAGUUAAAUCGAGCGAGGCGAAAAUUCUCGAGAGGGAGGAUGAGUUAUUCAUCGUUGGCAAUAUAUUCAAGUCCUUGGAGGUGUCCGAAAAGAAAGCUAAUCAAAGGGUGGAAGAAUUCAAAGCACAGUUAAAGGAAUUAAAAGUAAAAUUGAAAGCUGCUGAAAAGCGUGCCAUUAUCGCUGAGAAAACUGUCAAGAUAUUCACGAAAGAAAUGGACAAGAGGGAAGAUUAUCUACUAAAAGAAAAGGAAAAAUACAAAUACAUCUGCGACGAUUUGGACUCCACGUUUUCGGAGCUUACGGGAUAUUAAAAUAGUCAAUAGACUGCGAAUCGUUCGAUUAUAUCGAUCGUUAAUCAAGAAAUUCGUAUUGCACAAAAACAUAAAUAUAAAUUUUCAUGUUUACCAAAUAUCUUAUAAGGUUGGCCCAGAAAAUCGAUCCUAUGUUUAUUUUACACGAUAUCAAUUUAUUUAAUCGAUUCUACGAUCGACACAAUGCAUCGAAAUGUCGUACCACAGAUUUAAUACAGUUUAUUUAAAUUUAAUCGACAAUUCGUUUUAAUCAUACAAUCUCCGAUCGCAGAACGGAGAAAGAAUUUUCGAGCUUCUUCACUUUAUGGAGCUCUUACGAUGACUCUUUUUGCGCAAUCUCGCGCCACGAUUGGACCGUCCACGCCACAUUCGCGCCACAUAAGCGCUUUCUCUCCCUACAAUGACAUAAUUAAUCGUAGUUACAAUAACAAUUGUGCAUUUGAUUUGUUCGCUCGCCUCCGCCAUCCAUAUAAAUGCAACAAUUAAAGUAUAUUCUCCGAACUGCACGGAUUAUCGCAAAUGGUAACGGGGGAUGCACCGAGUUGUGUCACUGCAUCAUCCUUCGAGGACCGUGUAAUUACUCGCGAUGCAAUGUAUAAAAAUCCGAUAAACCAAUCCAAAAGUACCUUAUCACGACGAGAUUUUAAAGUAACAAAUUUUAAUCGGAUAAAUGACGAGAGAUGAGAUCGUAUUUUAUUCCAAAUUAGCUUUGUGAAAAAUUGUAUAGUAAAAAAUUCGUUGAUCAGAUUUGUUCGAGAUCGUUGAUUAAUCGUUAAAUACUUUUUAUUAGCUUCUCACACAAUUACGACAACGAAGAGAAUUAACUGGUCCCUCUGAAAGGUUAUAUAAGAUAUAUUGACAGAACUCGGCCGGUCCAUGACGCAAGAAAAAUGUACAAAAAUCGUAUCGACGAAAAUGUCCCGGCAAUCACACCAAGAGCAAAACGGUGAAUCGCACUUCAUCCUCUUCGAAGAUUGCUCUAUCGAAUUUAAUCGAACACUACGAGUUUGAUUGACGUGCUUCCCUUAUAUACAUUAACGAACGCGCUUGUAUGCGCGCGUCUUGAUGCCCGUGUACUCAAACAUAUUGUAUUCUACAUAUGUAUUAUCUACGGCCUCGUCUUCGUAGUGUCGCGCACAGCUUUUCUUAACUUAUUGACAUUAUCUCGCAAUAAAACUCAAAAUUCUAAACAUUCCUUAAUAUUAUGGCAUAACUAGAAUUUCUUAAUCUCUUCCCUAACAGCACAGACCUCCAAGGAAUGUCUUGAGGACGUCCGUAUGUCCUUUGAACAUUCUAAGGAUAUCCUCGGGAUGUAUUUCGGAUAAAGUGUGCUAUUAGGAUUUCUACUUCUUUUUUUUCCACAAGAUUAAAAUUAUUAUCGUUUUAUACGAUAAUGUACUGUAAAUUCGGAGCAGCUUCCUUCGCGCUGAAAUAAACUAGAAAGUGGAAGUACGUACGCCAUCACAGAUAUCCGAAUAUACAAUAUUGUAUAGUAUACUUAAUUAUUUAAAACGACGUUUGUCGGCGAGAGAAAAUGGGUCAAACAGGUUUUUUUUACAUUAAAAACGUUACCACGUCUUGGUAAAAGUUACAAAAACAUGUUUCUUUUUUUUUUUCAUUCCGGAGUACAUAAAGUGAUCUGAAUUAGAUCCUUUAAAGUCGCGGUAAGUAGUCUGCGGAAUGGCAGUGUCGUGGAAAUAUUGGAAGCUCGCGACGCGGUAGGAUGCACGCGUAAUUAAUUAAUUCUAAUGGCAAUUUUUCAUAGUACUUUCGAGUUCAGUCUGAAAAGGAAAGUCGUUCUGUUGGUACGACUUAUUGCAAUAGUAAAAUUGGUCGCGUCGGAUCACAAAGUCUCGAAGGUGCACGACAUUAGAAGAGAGAUCUGAA